AUGAGUGAUACAAAAGCAACAUCAACAUCAGAUAAAAUGAAGGAAAGAAUGGCAAAGUUAAAGAAUCUUCAUAAUGUUCGAAAUGAAGCAAGAAAUCAAAAUCAUAGUGAAGUGAAAAAAGAAAUGGAACGAAUGACUCUUCCAAAGAAUUGGGACAUUCGUCAACAAAAAGCAGAAUGGUUGAUAAAAGAUAAAGCGAACCGCGAUGAUGCUGAAGAAAAAGGAAUGGAUUACGAUCGUGUCAAGCUUUUAAAUGUCUCAGCACAGGAUCAAGAAAGAAUUGACAAAAUCAAGAAGAGAAAUAAAAAAAUUGGUGACCAAGGAUUCGCUGACUAUGAAACACAAACUGCAAGACAAUAUCAACGUCUCGUGAAAGCUAUGCCAGCAAAAGAUUUACAAAGAUACAACGAGCAGAAGGAAAUGAUUGGCGACAAUUAUUACAGCUCGAAUCCAAUUCUUGAAGGAGUUCAUAAAGAUUCCAAAGCAGCUGUUAACAACAUGGUGAAGGACCUGGAUCAGCAAAUUGAGAAGCGUAAGAAGUUCUCACGUCGUCGUAUGCAUAACGAUGAAGCUGAUAUUGACUACAUCAACGAGAAGAAUCGUCGACUCAACAAGAAACUUGCAAUGUAUUACGAUCCAUACACGACCGAAAUCAAACAAGCUUUGGAGCGAGGAACCGCCAUCUAA